AUGUGGAGGCUCAAGAUUGGAGCAGAGACGGUGGGGGACGGCGAUGGGGCAUGGAUGAGGAGCGUGAACGGUCACGUCGGCCGCCAGGUAUGGGAGUUCUGCCCGGAGUUAGGGUCACCUGAAGAGCUCUCUCUGGUGGAGAAUGCUCGUCGGGAGUUCACCAAUCAUCGCUUUGAGAAGAAGCACAGUGCAGAUCGCUUGAUGAGAAUCCAGUUUGCAAAAGAGAACCUGUAUUCUGUGAAUCUACCACAAAUUAAAGUUAAAGCAUCUGAAGAUGUGACAGAUGAGGUAGUGACUACCACAUUACAAAGGGCUGUUAAUUUCUACUCAACAAUCCAGGCAGACGAUGGACAUUGGCCAGGAGAUUAUGGGGGUCCUUUGUUUCUGCUUCCUGGUUUGAUUAUAACUCUGCAUAUUACUGGAGCUCUCAAUGCUGUCUUAUCAAGAGAACAUCAACAUGAGAUGUGCAGAUAUCUUUACAACCACCAGAAUAGAGAUGGUGGAUGGGGUCUUCAUAUUGAGGGCCCAAGCACCAUGUUUGGUACUGCCCUGAACUAUGUCACUUUGAGGUUGCUUGGUGAAGGAAUUGAGGGUGGAGAGGGUGCAAUAGAAAAUGGAAGGAAAUGGAUCUUGGACCAUGGUGGUGCUACUGCAAUUACUUCAUGGGGGAAAAUGUGGCUUUCGGUACUUGGAGUGUAUGAAUGGACUGGGAAUAAUCCACUGCCUCCAGAAGUAUGGCUAUGUCCUUACCUUCUGCCUAUGCAUCCAGGAAGAAUGUGGUGUCAUUGCCGAAUGGUGUAUCUGCCUAUGUCAUAUUUAUAUGGGAGGAGGUUUGUUGGUCCGAUCACACCCACAGUUCUAUCUUUGAGAAAGGAGCUUUAUACAGUUCCUUACCAUGAAGUAGAUUGGAACAAAGCUCGCAGUACAUGUGCCAAGGAAGAUCUGUACUACCCACAUCCACUGGUUCAAGAUGUUCUCUGGUCAUCUCUUUACUAUGCAUAUGAGCCUACAUUUAUGCGUUGGCCUGCUAGAAGGUUAAGAGAGAAAGCUCUGCGGACUGUAAUGCAGCAUAUCCACUAUGAAGAUGAGAAUACACGUUAUAUAUGCAUAGGCCCUGUUAACAAGGUGUUGAAUAUGCUCUGUUGCUGGGUGGAAGAUCCACAAUCGGAGGCAUUCAAACUGCAUAUUCCAAGAAUAUAUGAUUAUUUGUGGCUUGCUGAGGAUGGCAUGAAAAUGCAGGGUUAUAAUGGAAGUCAAUUAUGGGAUUCUGCAUUUGCUGUUCAAGCAAUUAUUUCAACAGACCUUGUUGAAGAGUACGGUCUUAGUCUGAAAAGAGCACACAAGUACUUAAAAGAUUCUCAGGUUUUAGAAGACUGUCCUGGGGACCUUAGUUUCUGGUAUCGUCACAUCUCUAAAGGUGCCUGGCCAUUCUCAACUGCAGAUCAUGGAUGGCCCAUUUCUGAUUGCACAGCAGAAGGAUUGAAGGCUGCUCUGUUAUUAUCAACUUUUCCAUCAGAAAUAGUUGGGGAACCUUUGGAUGCGGAGCGGGUAUAUGACUCUGUCAAUGUUAUCCUGUCAUUACAGAAUGCUGAUGGUGGGUUUGCAACAUAUGAAUUGACAAGAUCCUACCAGUGGUUGGAGUUUAUCAACCCCGCUGAAACAUUUGGUGACAUUGUGAUUGACUACCCAUAUGUUGAAUGUACUUCGGCAGCAAUUCAAGCUUUAAGCUCAUUCAAAAGGUUCUAUCCUACACAUAGGAGGGAAGAAGUAGAUAAUUGUAUAGCUAAAGCUGGCGAAUUCAUUGAAAGGAUCCAAGAAGAAAACGGCUCUUGGUAUGGAUCCUGGGGAGUCUGCUUCACUUAUGGUGGUUGGUUUGGAAUAAAGGGGCUUGUAGCAGCUGGGAAGACUUAUACUAAUUGCCACAGCCUUCGUAAGGCUUGUGCAUAUCUGUUGUCCAAAGAGCUUAGAACAGGUGGCUGGGGAGAGAGUUACCUAUCAUGUCAAAACAAGGUGUAUACAAAUCUGAAGGGUGACAAGCCACAUAUUGUCAAUACUGGGUGGGCUAUGUUGGCCCUCAUUGAAGCUGGGCAGGCCGAAAGAGAUCCAACACCUUUGCACCGUGCAGCGAAGAUAUUAGUGAAUUCUCAGAUGGAAAAUGGAGAUUUUCCUCAAGAGGAGAUCAUGGGUGUCUUUAACAAAAAUUGUAUGAUUAGUUAUUCUGCAUAUCGCAACAUUUUCCCCAUAUGGGCUCUUGGAGAAUAUCGUCACCGGGUAUUACGAUCUCUUUGAAUUAUGUCAAGAGUUACUAUUUCUUUCAAGACUUCUCUCCGGAUAAUGAAAUAUCGAUCAUGUAUUGAUGCUGAUAGUGCCAAACCGGUAAUUAUAAAUCCCCUAUAAAAUUUGUUUUAGUUGUUCAAAUCUCUCAUUUAUGGUUUUCAAAGGUUAGAAUAUUUGAAAUUUGUCAUAUGGAUUUAUCCCAUGGUGUAAUGCUCGUUCAUGGAUUUGAAGUUAUUCUCAGUAAGCCGCUCUGGCCUUUCUAGUUUA